AUGAACUCGGACACCCCAAACCCCGUCACCACCACCCUCUCUGGCAGAUCUCGGAAGCUUCGCGCCUCAUGCGAUCGCUGUUCUGCUUCCAAGGUCAAGUGUGGACAGGAGCGUCCUGCAUGUUUACGUUGCGUGAACAGCAGUCGACCUUGCAAUUACAGCGUCUCACGUCGACUCGGUAAACCCCCCGCAUCCGAUCGCCAUAGACCAUCAACUCCAGCGUACAGAUCUUCUGUAUCCACUUCCCGGCACACCAAAAGCCCAAGAUCGCUCGACGCGGACUCUGACCAGUCUGAGGCUGAUGGUAGUGACCAUCCCAUGCGGGGAGAUUCUAAUGGUUUCACUCUCCAUCUGUUGCCUACGAUCGAUCAGAGUCUAGCCAAUUGCGUAUACGACAGCACGCUAUCGACGCCGCAUCUUGAGAUGGAUUUGGAACAACUAUUUGACUAUCAUGGAUUGCAGAAGCUCGACCAGCUAGAUAGCCUGAACACUUUGCACGGAAAUCUGGCAGGCUCCUGUGAUGGUUUCGACCUCUCUGAUGUGCAGGCAACGGACUUGCACCUGAGCGACGAGCUCAUGCUACACUACCAGUCUGGCACUGAUAAUCGAACCUCUUCCAUCUCGAGUGACGCUGUUUCCUCUGUUGCUGAGCAACAACCUCUUAUCUUCGCUGCCGCGACUGUUGCACUCCACCAACCGCAGAUGAACCUACCGAUCAAGGACUAUAAUCAUCCAGGCCAGACAACGGAUACAAGCAUGUCAUGUGCAACACUUGCACACAAAGUCCUCAAUAGCUUGAGCAAGUACUCAACCUUCUGCUCUGCCCAGGCUCCUACUCAGUCACGUGCGGGACUGUCAUCCUACGUGCAUUCACUGCACAUCGUUGACCCUUCAGACCUACCCGUGCUACCUCAUGGGUCUCUUGCUCAUCCUGAUCUGAAAGUCUUUCGCAUCUACGCUUGCAAAUCGUGUGGUCAGAAGAGCACCAGUCAGGAUAUCAUUGGGCGCCAUAUGGCCACGAAACACCAACGAAGUCGACAAGUGUUAGACAAGCAUACAGAUAUCAUGCUUUGUCAGUCCUGGACAUCCUCUCUGUCUAGCCGACAAUGGACCGUUCACAAUACGGCAACAGUCACCUGUCCAAGCCCGCUGGCUUCUACAAGCCGUGUUAAGGAGAUACACGAAGAGGAGAUGACAAUGAUUGCCCGACACCAGCAACCGCGAGUACUUGAUCCAUCCGACACUGGCUUAGCUGUGCCGGAGCUGACCAGCCCAUAG